AGAAUUAAAAGAUCAUCAAGAGUUGCAGUUUGGUUCAAUCAAAUAUUCCGACUUCGAAUUUCGAAUUCAUACAUGAUCAGGAAUCAGAAAAGCUGAAUGAUAAUAAUUUAAUAAAAUAAAACUAAAAUGUCUGAUCAGGAGGAUAAAAUUACCCAAUUCACGGCAAUCACCGGGGCAAAUGAAGAUCGAGCAAAAUUUUAUUUGGAUUCUUCAGCUUGGCAAGUAGAGGUUGCUAUAGCCAGAUAUUAUGAAAAUGAUGGAGAUGACAUAGAAAUAGUUGAAGAAACACCACCAAACCCAAGUUCUGAAUCUCCAAAUGUUCCUGUCCAACCAAAAACUACAAAACCUAAACCAAAGCCCUCAAAUUUUGCCACCAUCAAUACAAUUACCACUUCUAGUGAUGAAGAGGAAGAAGGGCAAGCCUAUUAUGCUGGUGGAUCUGAACACAGUGGGCAACAAGUCUUAGGGCCACCCAAAAAAAGAGAUAUUGUUGCAGAUAUGUUCAAAUCAGUUCAGGAGCAUGGAGUGGAAAUUCUUGAACCAGGGGCAGGUACAUCUUCUUCAAGAUCUUUUAGAGGCACUGGCUACAAAUUAGGUCAGGACACUAGUGACACUGAGGUGAUUCCUGGGAUGGCUGAGCCCCCAGCACCUUCUGAGGUCACUUUGAGGUUAUGGCAAAAUGGUUUUAGUGUCAAUGAUGGUGAUCUAAGACCUUAUACUGAUGUAUCUAACAAGGAAUUCCUUGAUAGCAUCCGAAGGGGAGAGAUACCACAUGAGUUAAGAAGGGGAACAUCAGAGGUUCAUUUGGCAAUGGAGGAUCAUAGAACAGAAGCUUAUAAACUUCCACAGAGUAAAGGUAUAACAAAGGCUUUUACUGGACAAGGGCAUACAUUAGGAAGUCCUGCACCAGCAGUUGUUGGGGCUUGUAGGGAAGAAGAUAAACCUGCCAAUGAGGCAAAAGCUAAAGAUCAAUUGAAAGUUGACAAUUCAAGACCAACUACUAACUUGCAGAUUCGGUUGGCUGAUGGUUCUAGACUUGUAGGGCAGUUCAAUCAAGAGCAUACUAUUGGUGAGGUUAGGUCUUUCAUUCAGACAGCUCGUCCACAGUUUCAGAAUCAAAUGUUCAACCUGUUGUCAACUUUUCCUUCAAAGGUUCUGGAUGAUUCCCAAACUUUAGCAGCAGCAGGAUUACUGAAUGCAGCAAUCCUGCAAAAGUUAGUUUGAAUUUGGUGAUGUUCAUUAAAUUAUUUCAUAGGCUUGUUUGAGUUAUGUUCAAAUUGGUUUUAUAAUGCUUUAAUCAUUUGUUUUUUUCUAAAUAUAAAUAAGUACAU